ACUUUCAUUCCAACUGUUAUCCAUGUAGGAUUCUCAUGUGAGUGUACAAUGUGACGCUAUAGAUAUGAUAUUUGGUGAUCCUUUUGACGUAAAUAGAGCUACAUAUCCUAACAUUCAUUGGUGAAUUGCACUAAAUUAGUGUUGAAAUAAUUUUAUCUUUCAUUUUGGGUAAAAAUCAUAGGACAUUUAUGCAGUUGUGUGGCUGUUUAUAUGUUGCAGAGAGUGCCAAGAAAAUUCGAAAGCCAAAACCCUGGAAGCAUUCUGAACCAAUUACAAGGGCUCAACUGACGCGGUUGCGUGAUGAAUUUUGGGACACUGCCCCUCAUUAUGGAGGACAGAAAGAUGUGUAGUAAAUUUCAUGUAUCACUGCUUGCAAUUGGUCCCACGCGAAUGUGAUUCCUUGACUAGAUUUCCUAGGUUUACAAUGCUGCAUUCACUAAAAUGAUGGUUUGUCUGUUCCUGAACUCCUCCUUUCUUGUGAGGAAAGAAGAGGAAAUGGUUAGUUAUUUGUUUUAUUAUGUACCUGAUAUAUGAACUGGUUUGGAAGUUGUGACAGUGAUGAAUGUUUAACAUCGAAUGGUUGUUUUGUUACAUCUGCUGAAAUCAAUCAGGUCUGACCAAUACGGUUCUCCAAAUGUGGAAAACCUGAAUUUUGAACUUAUCCAAAUAAGAUAUGUUCUACAUUGACAGUACAAUAUCCUUCUGUAUCUGCUAUUGCUUUAUGUUGACUUAUUACUUUAUGCAUAUGAUGUUCUAUCUUAUCUUGAAAUGACUAGGGAAAAAUAAAUAAUUUAUUUCAAAAAAAUGGUUGUUCUGUUACCAGAGAUAUGGGAUGCACUUCAAGCUGCAGCUGAAGCAGAUUUAACCCUUGCACAAGCAAUUGUUGAUAGUGCUGGGGUGAUUGUUCAGAGUGAUGACUUGACAAUCUGCUAUGAUGAAAGAGGUGCUAAGUAUGAACUACCCAAGUAUGUAUUGAGCGAACCGACCAAUUUGAUUCGAGAAAACUGACAAAGGAAGAUAAUGAUGCCCCAGUUAGACUGUAAAUCAUGUAUGUUAUCUUCCAGCAGCUGGUUGCCUGGGUUAUUUUCCAUCAACAGUCCAUCGUCCUUUGAACAGCCCUAAUCUUGAGUGUUUAUUUAUUUAUUUAUUUAUUUUUACAAUCUUUUAAGAAAUUGUUCCUACUUUACUAUUUCCCAUUUUAAUUACACCUUUACUAGAUGUAAUAGUUAUUACAUUCCUUUUCUAUUUGUUCAAGUUCUUAAUCAUUCCCAUUCCAUCAAUGCAAUUAAGGUACAAGUCUAAAUCUGCCUUCUUAGUGUCAGAGGAGGAAAAUGAAUAUUCAAUACAAAUUCUGUGCAUUU